AUGGGCCUUCUGCCCCAAGUCAAAUUGUACCUGAACCCGUGGGAAACCUAUGACGACUUCCAACAUCAUGCGCCAGCUCAAAGACGCAAUUUCAUUAUCAGCCGGUUAGAGAAUGCCAGACGAAGAGAAUGGCUUUGGAUAGUCGUCGUGGCCGGAACCGGUUUUUUCGCAGAUGCCUAUUGUAUCUUCUCUGUCAACAUGGUCGUUCCGAUGCUCAGUGCGGUCUACUGGAACGACAUAAAGCUUCGGUCCGAUAUUCUGCACAACUACAGUGUGGCCCUAGCCAUUGCGACCUUGGGAGGUGCACUGGUGGGCCAAAUUCUUUUCGGUGUUGCAGCUGACAUCUGGGGCCGCCGUAAGAUGUACGGAUGGGAGCUCAUCAUCCUCAUCUUUAGCACUCUGGGUAUGUCGAUGGCGUCGUCUGGGAAAGACUCCAUGUCUAUGAUCGGAGUUCUGCUGUUCUGGAGGUUCUUCAUGGGGGUUGGGGUUGGGGCUGACUAUCCAUUAUCAGCGGUGAUCUGCUCAGAGCUUGCCCCUACACGCAUAAGAGGUCGCAUGCUGGCGGUUGUGUUCCUCUGUCAGUCAUUGGGUGAAGCGGCCGCCGCUGUGGUUACGCUUAUCGUCGUAGCUGGCUUCCAAAGCAACUUAUCUGAUUUCCCGAAUGAUCCGAACAGCCUGGAAUGUACGGGCUCCUGUGUUCGAGAUAUGGACAAAAUGUGGAGAUAUAUUGUCGGGCUUGGGGCAGUGCCCGCUUUCGUUGCCAUCUGGUUCCGGAUGACGAUCAUCGAGUCUCCGCGGUUUACUGCGGAUGUGAUGAACAACAGCCUUCAGGCAGCCGCCGAUGUUUCUCAAUUCUAUCGCUCGACAGAGCUACCGGCCACAUCAAUGUCAAGCCUAGAACGAGAUUCUAUCUCCCUAACACAGACCCAUACACGCGAAGACGGCACUAUCUCACCGGUCAUAUCCCGCGAUUCGGGCUCUAUAACCAGUGAGAACGUUGCCCACUCUCGUGCCAACCUGUGGAAGGACUUCAAGCUUUUCCUCAAACAAGGUCACAACCUUCGCACUCUGGUUGCCACGUCUUUGUGCUGGUUCUGUCUCGAUUUGCCCUUCUACGGCUUGGGCUUGAUGAAUGCGGAGAUUAUCAACACCAUCUGGUACGGCAAGAACAUUCAGCCAGCAGGCAAAUACCAGUAUCUCCUUCGGGUCUCGUACCAGAGCAUUGUGGUCGUCUCGUCUGGUGCUAUUGUCGGCAGCAUCAUCGCCGUAAUGACAGUUGAUCGAAUCGGCAGGCGAAAUCUGCAGCUCCUGGGGUUCUGCUGGCUUUUCAUUCUUAAUGUGAUCAUCGGUGCAGCCUUCCGUUACCUGAGCGAGCAUGGGGACUCAUCGGCUCUUGUCGUACUCUACGUGCUGACGCAGAUAUUUUUCAACUUUGGACCGAAUACUACCACGUAUAUUGUCCCCGCCGAGGUCUUCCCAACCCGGUUCCGCGGCACCUGCCAUGGUAUUUCUGCCGCCUCAGGGAAAUUGGGCUCAAUCCUCGCACAAUGCUUCUUGGGUUAUGUGGAUUUCGGAAACGGUGCAAAUUGGCACAAUGUGCCAGAUUGGCUGGGUUACGCUCUUCUCUGUCUCUCUUUCUUCAUGCUCAUGGGCCUCAUUACUACACUGUGGAUUCCAGAUACUCGGGACUCACAAGGUAACAACAAGUCUCUGGAGCAGAUUGCCGCGGAGAUGGAGGCCAAGCAUAACUUUGGCUGUGAUAUUGAAACGAAUGAUCUUCAUGUCCAG